AUGCGCGGUGCUCUUUCGCCGUAUAUACCUCGUAUUGAAAUAGAAUCUCGGUUUUCAAGAACUCACCGGUUGGCACUGGAGGCAGAGGUGCUGAAAAAGCUACAGAACAGGCCACACGUACUCCAGUUCAUCGACAAUGGAGUCAGCAACAACGUAUGUUUCCUUGUUAUGCAGAUGGCAGGUAGAAACCUGACCACUCUGAAGAGGAAAUGUAGCCGUCAGCACUUCACGCUGUGUACCGUAGUUCUCUUGGGCAUACAGUGCAUCGAGAGUGUUCGGCAGGUGCAUGAAGUGGGAUACAUACACCGGGACGUGAAACCGAGGAAUUUCGUCGUUGGCAUCGAAGAGCACGACAGACGAAUAGUCUACAUAUUGGACUUCGGCUUGGCCAGGCGAUUCCGGCAAGAGGACGGCAUCAUGUGCCAGCCGAGGCCUAAGGCCAAAUUUCGAGGAACAACUCGUUACGCCUCGCCGAACGCCCACCAAGGGAAAGAGCUCGGCAGACACGACGACUUGUGGAGCAUCUUGUACUCGCUGGUUGACAUGUACAAGGGUGACCUACCUUGGAGAACAGUAAAAAAGGAAGUCGUUGGGGAAAUCAAGAACAACAUCAAGCCAGAACAACUUUUUGACGAUAUGCCGAAACAGUUCUACGAAAUUUGGAAUAAACUGAAGGCCGCCAGCUACGCCGACCAACCGGACUAUGAUUGGUAUACACAGCAGAUGAGGGACAUCAUGAAAGCGAACGACUACGAGGAGAAUGCAUCGUUUGACUGGGAACUCAUUCGGCCAUGCAGUUUCUCUUCCUUAACCCGUUUCAAACGCUCCACGUCGUUAUUCAAGAAGGCAAUGUCAGCCAUCAUGUGUAAAGUGCGUGCCAGGAAAAAUUCUCAAAUGAAAAAAGCAAAUCUAAUGAACUAA